UUUCAGAAGAAGCGGCAGACGAUGAUGAUCAACGAUGACGAUGAGACGUUCGAUGACCAAUAUCCAGCAGAUGAAGUGACCGCAGCAACGAUGCGUAGACUUGCUUUUGAAAAAAUGGAUGAUGAUUAUUAUCUCGGUGGAGCUGUUGGGGAUGAAGUUUUUGAUUCAGAGGAUGAUGUGAGCUCGGACGAUGAGGUGAAGACGCAUCUUCGGAAACUUGCUGGAAUCGAAAAAGAAGUCACAAAAGAUGCAUUCGGUCGCCGUCGACGUCGUUCUGAAUUCGAAGAUGACAUGGACGAUGAGCUUGAUCGAAGCAUCACAGACUAUGCUAGCGAGCAUCUUGGAUUGAAACCGAAAGUUGUGGAAAUUGAGGAUGUUCCUGAGAAAUCUGAGAAAAAAGAAAUUAAAAAAGAAGAAUCUUCAAAUCCGAAAUAUGAUGAAGAAUGCCAGCAGGCUGAUGAGCAGUGGCGCCGUGAAACCGAUGAUGUUGAACGGAAAAUGGCGGCUCUGGAGCUUCUUCCCUAUGAUGUGGACCUUACUGAUAGUGAAGUUGAUCCAGAAAUGCCUGCGGCAGUGCUGAAGGAUAAAAGUGGUCAAGCUGUGAAGCUGGUGUAUAGUUGUAAGAAUGGAGAGAUGUUCGAUGUGGAGGAUCGGAGGAAGGUUCAGAAGGAGCGGAGAAUGAGAAUUGCAGCUUCCAGGAUUCCAGAGAAGAAACGAAGAGAAAAAAUGAUAAAGACAGUGGUGGAGACAUUUACGCAAAAUGAUGUGGAGAGUGUGGAGGGUUCAGUUAAGAAAAUAUACGAGGAAAAAGCGAAACCCUCCCAACCACUUGCUUCGAUUCUCAAAAAGACUGUAUCACCACAGAAAAAGAUGAAAUUGGAAGAAGAAGAAGAAGCUCCGAAAGUGGUACAUAUGGAAACAGAUGAAGCUACUGCUGAAGAAGAGACAAAUCCCAUUAAACGAGCAGCAAUGGAUAGACUGAAAGAAAUUGAAAAGAAUGAUGAAUUACUGUAUGAUGAUCAAGAAGAUGAAGACAAUGAAAAAUGGGUCAAAGAGCAUCGGAAAAUCGCUAGAGGAUCAGAUGCUCCCGGAAGUUCAGAAGCCGAUGGAGUUCUCUCGUGUCCCGGAUGUAUGGUUGAGCUCACUAGAGAUUGUCAGCGUCACGAGAUUUACAAAACGCAAUACAGGGCAAUGUUCGUCACAAAUUGCCAGCUGGACGGUGAGAAAAUGGCAAUAGAAAAGACCGGAAAAGAUCGUCGCCGCGACCGGCAAAAGGCCAAAAAAUCGGGAAAAAUGGCAGAUGGUCCAGUAUUACCUGAUGAAAUGUACACACAAGUCAAAUGUUCAUCGUGUGGUACGAUUGUGGCAAUGAUGGAUUCGGAUGAGAUUUAUCACUUUUUCAAUGUUCUUGCCGGUUACUCCUAGAAGUUUAUAUGGUCUUUUUUCAUAUCUAAUCUUGUUUUUAUUGUUGUUCUUUCACUUCCGGGAAUUUUUGUGUUACAGUUAAAAAACUAAAAAUUAAUUUAAAACCAGAAGUUUUUUAAUGUUUUUCUCAGAAAUAUCGCAAAAAUUGAAGUUUUGUGUGGAGUACUAACUAAAGAACUAACGGUUUUGAAUUUCUUUUUUUGGUUAUUUUCUCUGAAACCGUCAUAUUUAUCACACUUCUCCGUUUUUCAAGUUUAGAAACUUAUUUUCAAAGUUCCUGUGUUAAAAAUUCCCCCAUUCUCCCAGUUUUGCACAUUUCCACCAGUUUGUUGAAUGUUUUAGAUCUCUUUUUUUUCAUCCUAUUCUUCUACUUGUUCACCCCAAUUAUCAUCAAACUGUAUCCAUUUUCUUAUAUUUGUCAAAAAGAUAAAAGAAAAAUAAGAUGGACGCCGUUC